GUCACUUCCGGUACCACCUGCGUGAUCCCCGGGAGCUGUAAACAAGGUGUGUAAGUGUCGUUAGAGCUGUCGGGAUGCAGCAGCCAAGAGGAGCAGCAGGAGGCCGUGGCUGCGCUCUCUUUCCACUGCUAAGCAUUCUAUUUGUCCAGGGUGUACAUACCGUCCUUUCUUUGGAGAUAAGUGCAGAUGCACACGUCCGAGGAUAUGUUGGAGAAAAGAUCAAGUUGAAGUGCACCUUCAAGUCAUCUUCAGAUGUCACUGACAAACUGACCAUAGACUGGACAUACCGCCCCCCCAGCAGCAGUCGCACAGAAUCUAUUUUUCAUUACCAGUCUUUCCAGUACCCAACUACAGCGGGAACCUUCCGAGACCGGAUUUCCUGGGUUGGAAAUGUGUACAAAGGGGAUGCAUCCAUCAGUAUCAGCAAUCCCACGCUAAAGGACAAUGGGACGUUCAGCUGUGCCGUGAAGAACCCUCCAGAUGUGUAUCACAAUAUCCCCCUGACAGAGCUCACAGUCACAGAACGGGGUUUUGGCACCAUGCUGUCCUCUGUGGCCCUUCUCUCCAUCCUGGUCUUCAUCCCCUCAGCAGUGGUGGUCAUUCUGCUGCUGGUGAGAAUGGGGAGGAAAGCAACGGGGGCAAAGAAGAGGAGCAGGUCUAGCUAUAAGAAGUCUUCCAUUGAAGUUUCCGAUGACACUGACCAGGAGGAGAACAAUGACUGUGUGGCCAGGCUUUGUGUCCGUUGUGCAGAGUGUCUGGAUUCAGACUAUGAAGAGGCGUACUGAUGAAGUGUGCACAGUGGAUGAAGUGUUGUCUAACAGCAGGAAAUAUCCCAUUCCCCUGGCCAGGAGUGCCACUGGCGGGGACAACAGGGACAGCGGGGACAGAAGGAUCUGAAGGUCACCAGUGAAGACUUUAAGGACCACUUAUUUAUUGAAGAAGUGUUCAUUUUGUGUUCAUAAACCGUUCAGAAACUUCCAGAAGGGACUCAUGCCUUCCCUUAACACGUUCUGAUUGAACAAAGACAUUCUUGUCUUGGACAGAAACACACCCCUUGGUUUACCUUCACUCUUGAAUGCAGUUCCUCUUUUCUUUCCGUUGCCUGAAGGAGAAUACUGAACGUCUGUCACUCUGCAAUGCCAAAAUGGUACUUUUUAAUGGUGUGGAGCUUGUAGCUUCCUGAUGAUGUGCCAAUGAACAAUACACUUGUUUGGGAUGGGUCGCCUUUGCUUCUUCGCCAGUGUUUGCUGUUGCAAGUAUUCACUAUGCACCAUGGUUUAAUGGUCAUCAGCUGUGUCUGGGUGACCUGGAGUGUUUGACCCCAAUUUCUUUGGACUCAAUAGGCUCACAAGUUGUAGGCUUGCUUUGACUGGGUCUCUUAAGUAUUAAAGCAUUGUUAAUUUAUAGUUAAGGAACCAAAUUUUGAGGUACAGUAGUAUUUCUCAUUUGUCUUGGUAGGUACAUUUGGGGCCAAAGAAUCUGUUACUUUUUGUUCCUAUAGCUGACUAAUCUGUGGUUUCCUCCUUGGUUUUUUAAGUCAGAGGCAAGAAAUGCCUGUUAAGAAGGCUCUUAGGAGAGACUUAUGAAAUAGCAGUCCUUUGCUUUAAGUCUUUCCACUUUUCUUGUGUUGUUGUUUAGAACUUCUUGUAGUUCCAAGUUGCAAUGGUGAUGGACACAUUAUUGUGUCUGCCAGCUUGUUUUCUUGGUACUGGAGAUGAGGAAGUCAGAUUGCGCAGGCAUCUCCCUUCUCCUCUCUCAGUGCCUUGUAAACCACACCUCCGUUCUUCUGUAGCAACUUCUUUAAAAUUUUAAUUUCUAGUAGGCUUUCCAUUAAGAUGUAACUGACCUAUCAGGAGGGCCUGACAGCAUGUGUGCAAACAACCCUCCCUAUAAAGGGACAGGGCUCACUUCUUGAUUGUGAGAGUCACAAAUGACCCCUCCCCCAGCCUUAGUUGUUGGUCUUCUUCAUGGUUCUUCCUAGAGUGGCUUGGGAGGGCUCCGUAUUAGUAUUAUAUAUUAUACAUGUUAUAGAAGUCAUUCUACUUACCACCAAGAUCUUAUUUUUGAAACUGGGAUCAUUAACGCUGCUUUGAAGGUGUGUUAAUCUAGCCUGCUGAUCCACGAAUCUGAUUAGCUGAUAAGUGCCGUGAUUUACCACUGGUCAUGGAAGCACAUGGAGGAGGCAGAGGAGGAACUGGCAUUCUGCAUCUCUGGUGCUUAGAUUCCGUGGUUCUUUGGGCCACUUGUUAAAGAUGGGGUUGUCUGAGGUUGUCCAGUGAGACCAUUUCUAACAGAUCAACACAGAGAAGAUAGCAUUCUGGCACCGAGCAUAAAUAACUCAGCUCUUGGAGACCUGAAGAGAGUGAUCCAGUUUUGAGGGGGCAUGAUAUGGGCUUCAUUGCUGUGGCAGAGACGUUACAAGAACCCAUUUAAACCAUCAUCCCAAGAAAACGAGGGACCAGUUUUGGUGUCUUAGGAUUUUCCUGAAAGUGUGUUGUGAAGCUUUGUCUAGCUAAGACAUUGGUGAGUUAGGUGACUGAUGCCUGAUGAACACACACACAUUGUUGUGUUCCCUGUUUUGAAAUGGUUCUUUAUCUUUUAAAUGACAGACCAAUGAAAUUCUUCAUUGUAAGGGAGUCAGUAAUUUUACUUGCUCCAUGGCUUUGUGGCUGCAUCCCAGGCUUAGGCCCCCCAGUUUCUUCUUUACUCUUAUGCCAAGGUUUAUGCUAUAGCUUUUUGGUCCUAAGGGCAGUAAGGCAGUCUAUGGAACACACUUUCCUUAAAAAUGAAUGUAAGAUAAAAGGUUUUUGUUUGUUUGACUUACUGUUUUAAUAUCAUCUAAGUUGCCAUUCUCAUACUUCCCCCUCCCCCUUUUGCUGCUCUGUGAUCUCAAACCACAUGACAUUAUAGCAUUGUCUGGGAAGAGAUGUAAGUCUUUCAUUGUGGUUAUGUCACCUUCUGAGUUUUAUGCAUUGGUCUCUUGAAACUGUUAUAAAAUGUGAAUUUAUUAAGUGCUUUGUUUUCCCUCUGUGACCUGUUACUUCAGGCUACUUGGGGACAUCUUAACUGCCCUGAGUCAGGCAGUGGUGCUUCAGUAGGGAAAGUUUCCCCUCCCUCGUGUGUGUGUGUGUGUGUGUGUGUGUGUGUGUGUGUGUGUGUGUGUGUGUGUGUGUGUCUUGCAGCAACAGAAAACCUGGAGGCCAAAUCCUGAGCCAGAAUGUUCUAUUGUAUUACUGAGCUCCUGUUCUGAAGAGACUCUAAGAAGAUCCAUGGAGCCCACCAAGACUCUUAUUUGAUUGCACAGCUCAAAACACUCCAGCGGUGAACUCUUCACUGCUGUAUCUCAUUGACUUUUAAAAUUAAACUUUUUGUUUGCCAGAGGCUACAAGCUGUAGACACUGUGACUCAUGGAAUCUUUACUGUACUGUAGUUAAUAAACUUCUUUGCACCUUG